CGUGCGCUCAGAAUAGUGGCACAAAAAUAACGCCAUAUAAGUGACGUGGAAACAGAUGUUUCUGCGACAAACAUAAAAUAUGCAGCGAAUAUUUGGUCUGUAGAUGUCAUUUCAUGCUCUGCUCGCUCUUCUGUUGCUUUACUUUAAAGAGAAAAAGAAAAGUUUUCCAUUAUUCUCUCGGAUGAAAUGUUAAAGUAAAUCUGUGUUCAUACAUCUGGAAACACGCAUUGCUUCACAGGUCAUUACGUCUCUCACACUGAUUCAUGAAGUCAUGCAGCUGCUCACAGUGACGUCAGCGCUGAACAGCAGCACAGCUUCUCUCUUUUUUCAAACUUUAUUAAGAACAACAAAACGGAAAAUGGCGCACCAUAAGUUGAUGAGACAAUAGAAAGGCUACCAGGGAAAAUAAAAGCACCGCUCAUAUCUGCUCUCAGACUGUAAUACAGAGGACAGAGAGUAACCAUGGCGACAGGGAGACACUGGUGGCUCCCAACCUGGUAAAAGAUUUCAUUAAACCAUGAAAAGUAAAGAACGUGCUGAAACCUGCUAAAAUGUCCUGCAUGUGCGAGUCUGGUUGAUAGUAAAGACACGCGUGUAAGAGUGUCACUGAUGAACUUAAUAAAAUGAGCAUUAAUCAUCAGUGUUUAUUCGCGUUAGGAUGUGUGCAUUUGUAAAAUAGUUUUACUGUUUUCGGAUUUUUUUGUGUUGUGUGGAUUGAAACAGGACUUGGUGAGUCCUCAGAGGUUUCAAAUCCCUGCACACAUUUGUAAAUGUUAGUAAACAUGUGCACAUGAAUGAUUUGUGUUUCCUCUGCAGGUGAAGGUAGAAAGUGUGUGUGAGCUGAAUUGAGCAGCAUGGAUCAGUGUGAGGACAGAGAGGAGGGAGUCCCUCCCUCUAAAAGCACUCUGUGUGGGGAACAUGAGAGCCAGACCAAAGCUCAGAGGAACCCACCUGGACCUCCACCCAGCUCUGUGUCCUUAAAGAGUAACCAGUCUGCAGAUCGUCCCAUUAAUUUUAAAGUCUAUGCUGCAGAUAGAGGAACUAAACGCAAACAUGAACCUGGACCCAGCUGUGUGUCCUUAAAGAGUGACCAGUCUGAAGAUCGUCCCAUUAAUUUUAAAGUCUAUGCUGCAGAGAGACUGACUGAAGUCCACAAGAAGAUGAUGAUGAUGGAGGAAGAGGAGGACAGAGCAGAGUUUGCAGGAUCCAGCUUUACAUCUGUGAGGAGUGACCUGUCCCAAGGUCGACAUCCCGCCUUCAGUGGUGAACCUGGACCAACGAGAGGUCAGAGGUCACAGUCUGCAGGGUCCAGAUGUCCGUCUGUGAGGAGUGACAUGUCCAGAGAUGAACCUCCAUACUGCAGUGGUGAACCUGGACCAACGAGAGUGGACCAGCAGAGCUCAGAGGUUCCCAGUGGUCAGUCUGCCCAGCAGCAUCAAACACAGCUGGACUCCAUAUUUAUGCUGCUGGAGGACAACAUCAUCACUUUUGUGAAGAACGAGCUGAAGAAGAUCCAGAAGGCUCUGAAUCCAAAUAAGCCCCAGUUCUUGGAGUUUCAGAGGAAGGAUGAUGAUCAGAGGAGCAGCAGCAGAAAGGCAUUUGUGAAGAUCACAGUGGACUUCCUGAGGAGAAUGAAGCAGGAGGAGCUGGCUGACCGUCUGCAGAGACAACUUCCAGCUGCGGUUUGUCAUCGUAACCUUAAAUCUGCUCUGAAGAAGAAGUUCCAGUGUGUGUUUGAGGGGAUCGCUAAAGCAGGAAACCCAACCCUUCUGAAUCAGAUCUACACAGAGCUCUACAUCACAGAGGGAGGGACUGCAGAGGUCAAUGAUGAACAUGAGGUCAGACAGAUUGAAACAGCAUCCAGGAAACCAGACAGACCAGAAACAACAAUCAGACAAGAAGACAUCUUUAAAGCCUCACCUGGAAGAGAUGAACCAAUCAGAACAGUGCUGACAAAGGGAGUGGCUGGCAUUGGGAAAACAGUCUUAACACAGAAAUACACCCUGGACUGGGCUGAAGACAAAGCCAACCAGCACAUCCAGUUCAUAUUUCCAUUCACUUUCAGAGAGCUGAAUGUGCUGAAAGAGGAAAAGUUCAGCUUGGUGGAACUUGUUCAUCACUUCUUUACUGAAACCAAAGAAGCAGGAAUCUGCAGCUUUGAAGACUUCCAGGUUGUGUUCAUCUUUGAUGGUCUGGAUGAGUGUCGACUUCCUCUGGACUUCCACAAAACUACAAUCCUAACUGACCCUAGAAAGUCCACCUCAGUGGAUGUGCUGCUGAUGAACCUCAUCAGGGGGGAACUGCUUCCCUCUGCUCGCCUCUGGAUAACCACACGACCUGCAGCAGCCAGUCAGAUCCCUUCUGACUGUGUUGACAUGGUGACAGAGGUCAGAGGGUUCACUGACCCACAGAAGGAGGAGUACUUCAGGAAGAGAUUCAGAGAUAAGAAGCAGACCAGCAGGAUCAUCUCCCACAUCAAGACAUCACGAAGCCUCCACAUCAUGUGUCACAUCCCAGUCUUCUGCUGGAUCACUGCUACAGUUCUGGAGGAUGUGCUGGAAACCAGAGAGGGAGGACAGCUGCCCAAGACCCUGACUGAGAUGUACAUCCACUUCCUGGUGGUUCAGGCCAAAGUGAAGAAGGUCAAGUAUGAUGGAGGAGCUGAGACAGAUCCACACUGGAGUCCAGAGAGCAAGAAGAUGAUGGAGUCUCUGGGAAAACUGGCUUUUGAUCAGCUGCAGAAAGGAAACCUGAUCUUCUAUGAAUCAGACCUGACAGAGUGUGGCAUCGAUAUCAGAGCAGCCUCAGUGUACUCAGGAGUGUUCACACAGAUCUUUAAAGAGGAGAGAGGACUGUACCAGGACAAGGUGUUCUGCUUCAUCCAUCUGAGUGUUCAGGAGUUUCUGGCUGCUCUUCAUGUCCAUCUGACCUUCAUCAACUCUGGGCUCAAUCUGCUGGAAGAACAAAAGGCAACGUCUGUGUUGUUUAAAUCAUCUUUCCACCAGAGUGCUGUGAACAAGGCCUUACAGAGUCCAAAUGGACACCUAGACUUGUUCCUCCGCUUCCUCCUGGGUCUUUCACUGCAGACCAAUCAGACUCUCCUACGAGGCCUGCUGACACAGACAGGAAGUAGCUCACAGACCAAUCGGGAAACAGUCCAGUACAUCAAGAAGAAGCUCAGUGAGAAUCUGUCUGCAGAGAAAAGCAUCAAUCUGUUCCACUGUCUGAAUGAACUCAAUGAUCGUUCUCUAGUGGAGGAGAUCCAACAGUCUCUGAGAUCAGGAAGUCUCUCCACAGAUAAUCUGUCUCCUGCUCAGUGGUCAGCUCUGGUCUUCAUCUUACUGUCAUCAGAAAAAGAUCUGGAUGUGUUUGACCUGAAGAAAUAUUCUGCUUCAGAGGAGGCUCUUCUGAGGCUGCUGCCAGUGGUCAAAGCCUCCAACAAAGCUGCACUGAGUGGCUGUAACCUCUCAGAGAAAAGCUGUGAUGCUCUGUCCUCAGUUAUCAACUCCCAGUCCUGUAGUCUGAAAGAACUGGACCUGAGUAACAACGACCUGCAGGAUUCAGGAGUGAAGCUUCUGUCUGCUGCACUGCAGAGUCCACAUUGUACACUGGAAACUCUCAGACUGAGUCACUGUGACCUGUCAGAGAGAAGCUGUGAAGCUCUGGCCUCAGGUCUCAGCUCUCAGACCUCUAAUCUGAGACAGCUGGACCUGAGUAACAUUAACCUGAAGGAUUCAGGCAUAAGGCUUCUGUCUGAAGGACUGAAGAGUCCACACUGUACACUGGAAACUCUCAGGGUGGAUCCUGCUGGAGUCCGAUGGUUGAGACCAGGUCUGAGGAAGUAUUCCUGUCAACUCACAAUCGACACAAACACAGUGAACAAAUACCUCCAACUGUCUGACAACAACAGGAAGGUGACACGUGUGGAGGAGGUUCAGUCAUAUCCUGAUCAUCCAGACAGAUUUGAUGUUCAUCAACAGCUGCUGUGUAGAAAUGGUCUGACUGGUCGCUGUUACUGGGAGGUCGAGUGGAAAGAAGAGGUUCAUAUAUCAGUGAGUUACAGAAGAAUCAGAAGGAAAGGAGGGAGUAAUGACUGCGUGUUUGGAUGGAAUGAUCAGUCUUGGAGUCUGAGGUGCUCCGAUGAUGGUCCUCUUUACGUCAGACACAAAAAGACAGAAACAUCCAUCUCCUCCUCCUCCUCCUCCUCUGUCUCUAACCGAGCAGCAGUGUAUGUGGACUGUCCUGCUGGCACUCUGUCCUUCUACAGAGUCUCCUCUGACACUCUGAUCCACCUCCACACCUUCAACACCACAUUCACUCAACCUCUUUAUCCUGGGUUUAUGUUCUGGUCUCGUGGUGCCUCAGUGUCCCUGUGCUGA